AUACCGGCGACCGGCACAGCGACCAAAACAACUGGGCAACCAGAACCAGUAAAUCAUGUUUUAUUAAGAGUACGUUUCGAUUUCGAUUAAAAUUCAUUAACUUUUCGGUAUCUAGUCUCAUAUAAGUGAUUCUAUUAAAACUAGUUUCCAAUUUUAAAAGCAGUAUUAAUUAUAAUUCAGCCACGAAAGGGAGACAUGGUAUUCGACCAAUAUUAGGUAAUUGCAAUAUUUGAACAUGGCUCAAGUAAUGGUGUGCAACUAUAUAAAAAUCUCAAAUUCGAGAUUACAAAAUCAUACCCGGAUAUUAGCAGAUAAAUUGUGCCAUCAUAGUCUCCGGGUGAGAUAUCUGCAUCACCACUUAAAAAAUAGUGUUAGGAAAUGUAGUUCAACCACUAAAAAACAGGAAAAAGUAAUCAGCGGCAUUCCUUAUAACAAAUUAUCUAUUGGAGUUCCUAAAGAAACGUGGAAAAAUGAAAAACGAGUAGCAGUUACACCAACUGUAGCGGAAUUAUUUGUAAAAAAAGGAUUUAGUGUAAAUGUAGAGAAGGGGGCUGGCUCUGAGGCGAAAUUUCGGGAUUCCGACUACGAAGCUGCCGGAAGCAAGCUCGUAGAUGCACAGACAGCGUUUAGCGCAGAUAUUAUUUUAAAAGUUAGACCACCUCUUGAGAAUGAAGUGGAAUAUUUCCGAGAAAAUAGCACGUUGCUCUCUCUUUUAUACCCUGCCCAAAAUAAAGCACUUGUGGAUAAGUUGGCUCUACGAAAAAUUAACGCUUUCGGAAUGGAUUGCAUUCCACGAAUUUCCAGAGCUCAAGUCUUCGACGUUCUAAGUUCUAUGGCUAAUGUGUCAGGUUAUCGCGCAGUCGUAGAGGCUUCGAAUCAUCUGCCAAGAUUCUUUGCAGCUGCAACUGCUGCCUUCAUUUCGUUUAUCAACAUUUUCGGCGGAUUUGUGGUAACCAAAAGAAUGUUGGAUAUGUUUAAAAG